AUGGCUUGUAAUACCUCAUUUGAUGAUCUUCAAAAACUGACGGAACACAUGGAACGUGAAAAUUGUUUUUCUAAAGUGCCUGAUUUAAGUGAUCCUCUGUGGAAAGACCCACAGUAUUUAUUUCCUGCAUACGAGAACGAUCCUUUACUUACUGGAUUCGAAGAGGCAAGUGACGAUGAAGAGGAUGACGAUCCGGAGAAUACGUUGAACACGAUUAUUGUGCCCGAAAAAAUAUUUCAUAACCUUGAUGAAUAUUUGCAAAAAACGUUGCAACCACCUUUACAGCCACAACAACAAGCGCCGGGACAGUCUUCAACGGCGCCACAACCACCGCAGGGUUCCACGGCCGCCUCACAAGGAUACUCGAGGACUGAUAAUUAUGACUCGACUGGCUAUUCAUCGACUGGUUAUUACAAUUAUCCACCGGCUGCUACGGCUACAAAUUAUCCUCCACCACCACAUGUAGUUGGAGGGUCCAAUGCACCACCCACUCCAUAUAAUCACAAUAGUAGCGGUAGCUAUGGUAAUAUUCCAUCAACACAAAAUAAGCCACCAUAUGAUCGGGUGAAUAAUUACGGUGAAGGUAGCGGGAAUUCAGGUUACAACGAUAAUAAAAAUCAAUAUGGUGAUAGUUUUAGUGGUAGUGGUGGCGCAUAUAAGCCUCGAGAUAAUGUUAGAGACACUGGUUAUGGCCCAUCACCUAAAGAAACUGUAUCAUACGAUAAUUAUGGUAGUAAUAGAGGUGCAGGCGAUGAUGGCAGUUAUAAAGAUUAUAAUGAGGAUUCGGUGGUCCAUAAAAGCACAGAUACAAUAUAUAUAUCAAAUUUAAGUAAAGAUGUGACUGAAGAAAAACUUGCGAAUUUCUUUGGAGGUCUUGGCAAAAUUAAAAUAGAUAAGAGAACUCAGAAACCGAAAAUAUGGAUAUAUUAUGAUAAAGUCUCAGGGAUACCCAAGGGUGACGCGACACUGACAUAUGAAGAUCCUGAUGCUACUGCUGCUGCAAUUAAUUGGUUUCAUAACAAAGAAUUUCUCGGUCAGUUGAUCAAAGUAGAAAUGUCUGUGCGUAAAUUGGGACCAACAGGUUUUAGAGGUGGAUCAAGUGGCCGUGGUCCUCCACCACGUGAUGGAGAUUGGGCAUGUGAAUCAUGCAACGCAAAUAAUUUUGCUAGACGUACAGAAUGUUAUAAAUGUCAUACACCGCGCUCGGAUGGACCUGCUGAAGAAAGUGGACAUGGAGGCGGUAGACACAAUGUCGGUGGGAGUACAAGAGGUGGGUAUCGUGCUCGCAGAGGUGGACCCCCUUCUUAUGGUGGUAAUAAUAGUGGUCGUUAUAACAAUGAAGAUGAUAGAGGCUAUGGAAAUCCAGGCGGUUAUGGAAGACAGAGUAAGCAGGAUGAUCGGCGGGAUAAUUCUCGCUAUCGUCCGUACUGA